GGGGUGCAGCGGUGGAGGCAGGAUGCUCACUGGAGCUUGUUGCUUCCAGUCGAGCUAAGAAAACAUGAGCCUCAGGUUCAGGGAGAGACCCUACCUCAAAAAAAUAGGUGGAGACUGAUAGAAGAGGACACUUGAUGCCCUCUUCUGGCCUGAGCAUGUGCACAGGCACUUGUAUCCACACAUACAUGUCCAUACAUUUGCUCAGACACAUAAACAAACAGAAAAAAUUACUUAUUUGGUGUACAUAUCACUUUACCAUUUAUUAAGGAUGAAAUCAAAUUGCAUACUCAUGAGAGAAUUAGUUAUUCUUUAGUAUACUGUGCCUGCCUUUAAGUCCUGCAUUGUCACUUCUAAACUGGAUAACUGUAGGAUCAUCAACACUUUUUGAAUGUAGAUAUUUUGUUUUAAACUUUAUAGGGCAGGAGUGGUGGAACAUACCUUUAAUCCCAGAACUUGGGAGGCAGAGGCAGGUGGAUCUCUGUGAGAUCAAGGUCUGCCUUCGUUUACAUAGCAAGUUCCAGGCCAGCCAGGGCUACAUAGUGAGACCAUCUCAAGAAACUAAAAAACUUUUUGAAUUUUGUCUGUGUGUGUAUGAUGGACUGUGUAGGGAGGGUGGCACAGGUGCCACAGCUGCCAAGUGGAGGUCAGAGGACAACUUUGUAUCAUUUGUUCUCAUCUUCCACCUUUCUGUCAUUUCCAGGGAUCAGACUCAGGUUGUUGGGGUUGCAUUGUCAGGUGGCAAUGGCCUUUACCUACUGAGCCAUUUGCUGUCCCCAGUUUUGGACUUGUUAGUUUGUUUCCUUUUUUUUGAGACAGAAUCUCGCUAUGUAACCCUGACUGGCUGAGAACUCACUAUAUAGAUCAGACUGACCUUGAACUCACAGAGAUCUACCUACCUCUGCCUCCUGGGUGCAGAGAUUAAAGGCUUGCACCACCAUGUCAAACCCUCUUUGUUUUUUGUUUUUUUUUUUUUUUUUGAGACAGAGUUUUGUAUCCCAGAGUAGCUUUGAACUCCCAGCAAUCCCCCUGCCUCAGCCCUCUGCUGGCUGGGAUUCCAGGUGUGCACCAUAACACUUGGCUUUUACUAUAGAUCAUUAGGGGGCAGUGAUAUGUACUCUGAAGUGUGGUUAUAAUAAAUAAUUGAACACACACACACAACCCCUGGUGCAGUGUCUGCUCAUAGCGUUCCUCCAUGAAUGACAAUUGGUAUUACUAGGAGUCAUGCUGCAGAGGAUAGUUUUUAGUGGUCUUCGUGUGUAUGUUCUGCAAGAGCUAAUUUAAUAGUGAUGACUGAGUAAUGCUUGUUAAUGGUUGACAUUACUAUGUAUGCUAAUCAUCAUGUAUAGCAGAGAAUUGGAGAGGGGCACUGUGCACUGAUUCUCAUCAGUUGGUCUGAAGUGAUGCUAACCUCAGUGAAAGGCGAGAUCAGGCACAUCGUCGGCUUACAGGAUGGCAGCUGCUGAUUCUGUUCAUGAUCUUCUUUCUAGGGACUCAGUCCACCUACAGGAGGAAAAGAGAUCGGCAGGAAGGAUGGUGCUUGACUGCCUAACAAAUUGUUAUCAGGAGUUAGUGAGCUUUGAGGAUGUGGCUGUGGACUUUACACAGGAGGAGUGGACCUCACUGGACCCAGCUCAGAGAAACCUAUACAGAGAUGUGAUGCUGGAGAACUACCAGAAUUUGGCCACAGUAGGAUGUCAGAUCAUUAAACCCAGUCUGAUCUCUUGGUUGGAACAAGAAGAGUUUAGUACAGGGCAGAAGAUAGUUUUCCAAGAAUGGAAAAUGCAGCUUGAAGCCAAAUGUUCAACACUUCAACAGGAUUUUUUGAGGGGUAACAAAUCUAAGGGGAUACAAAUGGCAGGAAGCCACAGUGGAGGGGAGCUCUGUGAUUGGAAUCAAUAUGGAGAAUUCUUCAGUGAACUCUCAUGCCUUAAGACACACAUGAAAACUCAAAGUACAGAGGGUAAUUACAAUUGUAGUAGUCAUUAUGGAAAAGACUUCUUUAUUCACAAAAAAUCCUCUACGGGUGAGAAACUUUCUGAGUUCAAUCAGAGUGAAGAAAUCUGCAUAGCCCCAAUUAAGGUUUACCAGAAAAUUGCCACCCAAGACAAAUCGUUUGACUGUGGUGACUGUGGGAAGUCCUUCAUUAAUCAGUCACACCUUGAGGCACAUAGAAGAAUUCACAAUGGAGACAAACUUUAUGAAUGGAAUGAAUAUGGGAGAAGUUUUAUAAACUCAAGACUUUCUGUGCUUAUAGAAACCCUCAAUGCAAAAAAACCUUACAGAUGUAAGGAAUGUGGGAAAGGCUAUAAGUACCCUGCAUAUCUAAAUAUUCACAUGCGAACUCACACUGGUGAGAAGCCCUAUGAAUGCAAGGAAUGUGGGAAAGCCUUCAAUUAUUCCAAUUCAUUUCAGAUACAUGGAAGAACUCACACAGGAGAGAAACCCUAUGUAUGUAAGCAGUGUGGGAAAGCCUUCACUCAAUACUCAGGCCUUAGUAUACAUGUAAGAUCUCACAAUGGAGACAAACCCUAUGAAUGUAAGGAAUGUGGGAAAGCCUUCCUUACAUCCUCACGACUUAUUCAACAUAUAAGAACGCACACAGGAGAGAAACCUUUUGUGUGUGUCAAAUGUGGGAAAGCCUUUGCUAUUUCUUCAAAUCUUAAUGGACAUUUGAAAAUGCAUGCCGAAGAGAAGACCUGUGAGUGCAAGAUAUGUGGGAAAGCAUUUGGAUAUCCUUCAUGUCUUAAUAAUCACAUGCGAACUCACAAUGCCAAAAAAUCAUACAUAUGUAAGGAAUGUGGGAAGGCUUUUAACUAUUCCACCCACCUUAAAAUCCACAUGCGAAUCCACACUGGAGAGAAACCCUAUGAGUGCAAACAGUGUGGAAAAGCGUUCAGUCAUUCCACUUCGUUUCAAAUACAUGAGAGAACCCACACUGGUGAGAAGCCGUAUGAAUGUCGAGAGUGUGGGAAAGCCUUCAUCUGUCCCAGUUCCUUCAGAAUUCAUGAAAUAAGUCACACUCACACUGAGGAGAAACCCUAUAAGUGUCAGCAGUGUGGAAAAGCCUACAGUCAUCCUCGUUCACUUCGAAGGCAUGAAAGAACUCACUACUGAGAAGGCCAAUCAAUAUAAGCAAUGUGAGAAAGCAUAACUUGUUCCAGUUUACUUUGAAGACAUGACUAUUCACAGUGGAGAGAGACUGCUAAAAAUUAUAUACAUAGCUAGGAGCAGUUCUGUGUGCCAGAUGCUUAGGAGACUGAGGCUAGAGGAUCAGUUCAAAGCCAGACUGGGCAACAUAGAUCCCGUGUCCAAAAGAUUAAAAUGAGGGCCAGUGAAAUGGCUCAGUGGCUAAAAGCUGUUGGCGCACAAGCUUGAGUAUGAAUUCAAUCCCCAGAAUCUGUGUAAAAAAGCUAGAUGCAGGGGCUGGAGAGAUGGCUCAGCGGUUAACGCUGGUUGUUCUUGCUGAAGACCUGGGUUUGAAUCGCAGCACCCACAUGGCAGC